UUCCCAAACCAACUCUGACUGUGCUGCCACAGAGUUCAUUGUUCACUGGAGACUCAGUUACUCUGAGAUGUGAAAUGGAUCAGUCAUGGGAUGGAUGGAAGUUUCUCUGGAGUAAAAACUCAAACACUGAAUCUACUGAAGCUGCAGCUAAAACAAUUGAUUCAGUGAAAGUCUCUGAUGGAGGAGAGUACAGGUGCAGAGCACGAAGAGGAGGAUAUUACACACAUUACAGUGAACCAGUUACAGUGACAAUAUACGAAAAACCAAACCCCAAAGUUACCAUCAAACCUGAUCAACAUGUAUUCAGAGGAGAGACAGUCACUCUCAGAUGUGACAUUGAUGGUGAAGGAGUCACUAGCUGGCAGUACAGCUGGUAUAAAGACGGUUCAGGCAGUGUUAUCAGUGAACUACAGGAAUACACAUUCAGUCCUGUUACUGAGUCUGACACAGGGAAAUACUCCUGUUAUGGAGCAGAGAGUCAAGGAUCACGCACAUCACAACACAGUGAUGCAGUUACACUGACAGUAUCAGUUUUCAGUGUUUCUCAGAAGUGGUUGACUGAAGGAGAUUCAGUGAGACUGAUCUGUGAGGUUAACAGCUCCUCUGCAUGCUGGACAUUCAGCUGGUACACUCUAACUGCUUCAUCAGGUGUUUCUCCUCCAGUCUCUCUGAUCAUCAGUCCCAGCAGAACUCAACACUUCACAUCUGUCUCUCUCUCUCUGAGCUGUGAGGACCAGAGUAACUCUGAUAGAUGGAGAGUGAAAAGAUACACAGACAGAUGGGGGCUGCAAGAUUGUCCAUCACUACGCCAUGCAUCACAAACAGGAUCUACAUGUACAAUCAGCUCCACCAUCACAUCAGACACUGGAGUGUACUGGUGUCAGUCUGAAUCUGGAGAGAACUAUCAUCCUGUUAAUGUCACUGUACACUCUGGUGUGAUUCUGGAGAGUCCUGUUCAUCCUGUGACUGAAGGAGAUAAUCUGACACUACGCUGUUUAUAUCAACAUUCAACUCCACCAAACCUCAGAGCUGAUUUCUAUAAAGAUGAAUCACUAAUCCAGAACCAAACUACAGAGAUGAUCAUCUCUACUGUCUCAAAGUCACAUGAGGGUUUCUACUACUGCAAACACUCAGAGAGAGGAGAGUCACCCAAGAGCUGGAUCUCAGUCAGAGUGUCUCAUUCAGAAUCGCAGAUCUCUGUCCUCCACACACUCAGUUCUGUACUGGCAGUUUGUCCAUAUCUGCUAGUGACAGUUGUGCUGAUUUUCAAAUGCUGCAGGAUGAGAGUUACUUCUGUUGAAGAGGAAGAAACUUCAAUGUGAUAAUCUUUUGUGACAAUAAGACAACUUCAGCUUCACCCUGGAAUUCCUUAAUGUCAUAUUCAUAAGCUCAGGCAGAGCAGAGCUUAUAGUAGAAGUAAUGUAAAAGUCAUGAGUGACUGCAUUUGAAUGCAUGAAUGAAUCCUCUUACUGAUUGUUGUGUGUGUGUAUGAAAUACAGGAGUCACUCCUGAUUCAAGAUGACUAACCUUUUGGCAUCUCAAGGUUGUUAAAGUCAACAUGAACCAGAUUUACCAGCCCACUUGACUUCCAUUGAUUUCAUUCUUAUUUGAUUUUAUCCAUCAGGAAUUGAUUGUAAAAAGUAGGUUACACUUUGGAAUAAAUAAGAAAGAGUACAUUUUAAAUUCAUAUUGACGAACCAGAAACGUAACCCAUUUGGUUUUUGAUAGUUUUAAUCAAUAAAUUAUUUUUAGAAAUAUGGACCAAAUCUCAUUGUGUUUUUCUGGACUUCACUGAGCUUUAGCAUCACAAGUGCAUCCUAAUCAGUUAAGUUCAUAUAAUUCCAAUGGGCGUUUUAUUUUCAUCUUUCAAUAUUCAUGUUUUGGUUUAUUUAAAAUAAAAUGCCUUUCUGAGGCCUGAAAACACAGUGACCGUAUGUUAAAAAAGUUUCAGAAGGCUUACCUUACAUUACUGCUGUUUGUCAGCAUAGUUCUGUAACUUUUCAUUAUUCAUUCAUCUGCUGAAGGAUCUAAGGGUCCUCAAAUGCAAACUGUGUGGGUUUUGCUUCAAGAGAGCAAUCAUACAUUUGUGUUGUGUUUUACGUACUUUUAUUUUAUUUUUCAUUUAUUCAUUCAUUCAUUUAUGAUCAUUUUACCAUUUUAUUAUUCCAUUUAAUCAUAUGAUCAUUUAUAAUAAUCAUAAUAAUUAUAGCCAAUUAUCUACUGAUUUCAUUGAUUUAUUCACUGAUUAGUCAUUUAUUAUGUGUGUAUGUAUAUACUGUAUAUAUAUAAUUGUUCCAUUGUUGUUUAGUCUUAUGACUGUGUGUUUCCAUGGCUGUUUGUCUUCAUGAAUAAGAGAUAAGAGGGAAUACUUCUGGAAAUUCAAAGUUUAUGUGAUGUUGUUUUAAAGCAGUUUGGUGUUCGUCAGACAUAUGUGACUACCAUUAUACAAUAAACUCUGCUAUUAUCA